AUGCAGUACGUUGGAAGAGCCAUCGGCUCUGUCUCCAAGACAUGGAGCUCGAUCAACCCAGCCACACUGUCGGGAGCAAUUGACGUGAUUGUUGUGGAGCAACCGGACGGAGAGCUCGCGUGCUCGCCGUUCCAUGUUCGGUUUGGCAAGUUUCAGCUCCUGAGACCCUCGCAGAAGAAGGUGGAUUUCAUUGUGAAUGGCGAGAUCACCGACCUGCCGAUGAAGCUGGGCGACGGCGGCGAGGCGUUUUUUGUGUUCGAAACGGAUGGAUACAUCCCACCAGACCUCCAGACGUCGCCCGUGAUCAGCCCGGUCAGCUCGCCAGGCAGCAGUCCCAAGUCCAGUGAGCCCGCUAUUGCGUAUCCGGCCGAGGAGCCGGAGUAUCUGGACAUUGGCGAGGGCGCAAACGACAGUUUCAGCGCGUCGCUGCCGUCCGUACGGUCGGACACUGCGCUGCUCGAGCACUCGCCCACCACUAUCCGGAAAGCGGGCACUGCCUCGUCGUUCGACCGCGCAAAGAAGAUCUCCAGCAAGCUGACAAAAAAGAACAUCCCGUCCAAGGUGGAGGCCAACGGUGACAUCAUGCUGGACAUGCAGGGGUACAAGAGCAACGACCAGAAUAUUCACGACUCCGAUGCCAUGAUCCGACAACUGCUGAUCGACGAGUUUGGCGAGGACGUCGACAUCAACGCGCUCGUCGACAAGGACCUACACGGCAACAUCCGGAUCCUGAGCUCGGACGACUUGGCAGACGACGAGUCUGCGUCGCUCGAGACACGCACAGAGCCGCAGUCGUCGGCCUCCACCGCGUCCUCCAUCAUUUCAGAUAUUGACACAGAUACCGUGAAGACGCAGCGGGACAACCAUUUCAAGACGCUCCGGCUCACGUCCGAGCAGCUCAAGUGUCUGUCGCUGAGGCCGGGCGAGAACGACCUGCAGUUCAGCGUCAAUAAGGGCAGGGCCAUGGUCUCUGCGAAGCUGUUUCUCUGGAAGCACAAUGUUCCGAUCGUAAUCUCGGACAUCGACGGCACCAUCACCAAGUCGGACGCCCUGGGCCACGUCCUGACCAUGCUGGGCAGAGACUGGACGCAUGUUGGCGUCGCCAAAUUAUUUGCAGACAUCCAGUUCAACGGAUACAACAUUUUGUAUUUGACUGCCCGUUCUGUUGGUCUGGCCGAUUCCACCCGGUCAUACUUGAAUGGAAUCGUGCAGGAUGGCAUUAAAUUGCCUGUGGGGCCGGUGAUCCUCUCGCCUGACCGCACUAUUGCUGCGCUGAAGCGCGAGAUUGUGCUGAAAAAACCAGAGGUGUUCAAGAUGGCCUGUCUGAACGACAUCAAGGCACUUUACGACAAGAAACAACCCCGUAACGCAGAGACUCCCCAAACGGACGGAUCAUCAUCCAGACAGACCGCUGCCGACAACCCGUACACUCCGUUCUACGCUGGCUUUGGAAAUAGAAUCACCGACGCCCUGUCCUAUAGAAAUGUCGGCAUUCCCUCAUCGCGCAUCUUUACCAUCAACCCUGACGGCGACGUGCACAUGGAGCUUCUCGAGAUGGCCGGAUACAAGUCGUCGUACGUCUCGAUCGGAGAGUUGGUGGACCAGUUCUUUCCGCCGGUGAACGUCUCGCGGACGCGCCAGGGCGCCCUGGGCAUUGCGGACCCCAUUCACCAGUUCAGCGACGUGAAUUUCUGGCGGAAUCCGGUUUUGAGUGUCGACGAUCUUUCCGACGACGAGAGCGAGAGCGAGACGGACCAGCCGAGGAGCAGAGACGAGCUUACAAGCGCGGGAACAGGCUCACAGCGUCUGGGCGGAUUUUUCUCGCGGUCGCCUGUUUCCAGGAGCACGGGGCCUGAGGAAGAGCCCCGGGCAGAGUAUUCGUUUGACGAGCAGGACGAGGACGAGAAUCUGGACCCGGACUACGUGUACGAGGACGAAGAUCUGGACGACGAUCUGGAGGACGACUACGACGAGGAGUAUGAGGAGGAUCUCGAUGAUGUCGAUGAUGUCGAUGCGGAUGAUUUAGAUGAGGACGGUGGCGACGACGAUGUUGAUGAAGAACUGGACGGGGAGCUGCUCGACGACCGACUGGUGGACCACGAAGCUCCCGAGUACGUUUCCAGCCCCAACCGGAUCCUUAACCCCUCAUUCGGCAUCGCGAGCCCCAAGAGCCUCGCGAACCUAAACGUUGACACGAAAAACGCCACGGGGACAUUUAUAAACGCUAAGCAGAUGCUGCAGAACCUGUCUUUGGAGGAUGCUGGCGACGAAAAAUAG